UGACCAGCAGCCAAUCAAAUGAAUAAAGUCGCCACAGGCGUAACUCUCGAAGGCCGGACUAAAGAGAGAGCGACAAGAAAAAUGUUUUCGGGUGUGGAGUUUACGAGGAGCCGAGAUGGCUGCUAAAUGACGGCCUGUAUUUAGAUUUUUAAUAUAGUUGUUUGAUCAAGUACAGCAUUUUGGUGACCAACUUCAAAAGAGUUGCAUAGACAAGGAUUUAGCGAGGAUUACUAGACGGGACAACUGGAUGGGAUAGAUAAAUAUUUGAUCGAUACAUUUUUCGGAUGGAUGGAUUAAUAUUUCAUAGAUAAAUGGGUGAACGGAUAAACAGAUGCUUUGGUCGAUUGCUAGAUGGACAUGCAGUAUUAUAAUAGAGCGAUAUAGAUUGAUUGAUUGGUUAUACGCUCGAACUGCAAAGAUAAACGCAGUACUAAAAGCAUGCUGUGGGGGGGGGCAAUUCCAAAACAAAAGUUGUGUUUUUUUAUUGAGCUCGAGGGAUAAGGGGAUAGCAAUGCGUUUUAGAUAUGUAGACCAUAUCAAAUAAGUAGACAAGUACGCCACCAAACAAUAUAUCCCAUGCCUUGGGGAGGUGGGGGGGGGGGGGUAUCUCUCAGAACAGAACUCCUGUUCUUCAUUUCUAGACUGUCGACGUGUAUCUCGAGCAGAGCGAAUUAACCCGCGGCUGCCAGCGUUUCGUGACGUCGAAGCAGUUGUUUUGGUCCUCGUUGCCCAAUCGAAUGUGCUCCGGUCUCCUACAGGAGCCGAAAUGGCUCCGUCCUGGUCCGAGUAGCAUACCACCCGUUGCCGGAUCCCCGCGGUAGGCGGACUGCUGCUGCUGCUUUAAAAAAAAAAAAAAAAAGAAAGAGAGCCGUGACAUGGGAAGCCCGUUGCAGCUGCGGAACCAUUUGUACCAAGCGCAGCGGUCGGAUCCGACUCAGUGCCACCGGCACCCCUCCGGAAAGCCGCCGCGCUACACCUGCGCCUGCACCGAUCACUGCACCUGCCGUGCCCGGGAGAGCUCCGUCCUCCGCGGGACGUCGCCGACAUGCCUCGCGGUAACUUUGAGGACAUCUUCGGAGACGUUUUCCAGGCGAGGCGUCCGCGACCGGACUCCAUCUAGUCAUGCUACUUCCACCGGGCAUCCCCCCCUUCCUCCUCCUCCUCCUCCUCCUCGUCAGCAGCAGCAGCAGCAUCCGCAGCAUCCCGGGGCCAGCCGCGCGCACGCCUCCCACCAUGAGACGGCCAUGAGCAGCUGCAGAUACAACGGCGGCGUCCUGCGGCCGCUCAGCCACUUGAGCUCGUCCCGCAGGAACGUGCACGAGUUCGAUUCCGAAUCGCAGCCCCUCUCGGCCGCGGACGCGUCGGACACCUUGGCGAUCUCCAAGCCGGAGAGCCACUCGGCCGCGCUCAUGCCGUACGCGUCCGGGGACGGAGGCGGGGGCUGCGGCCGCGGCGGGGGGAAAUCGGGAAAGAAGAAAAACCAGAACAUUGGGGAGAAGCUCGGCCACAGGAGGGCCUUGUUUGAGAAGCGGAAGCGGCUCAGCGACUAUGCUUUAAUCUUUGGGAUGUUUGGGAUCGUUGUUAUGGUGAUUGAGACGGAACUCUCCUGGGGAGCCUAUGGAAAGUCCCUGUAUUCAUUAGCUCUAAAAUGCCUGAUAAGCCUUUCUACAGUCAUUCUCCUGGGCCUGAUUAUCAUCUACCAUGCAAGAGAGAUCCAGUUAUUUAUGGUGGACAACGCGGCGGACGACUGGAGGAUAGCCAUGACGUACGAGCGCAUCUUCUUCAUCUGCCUGGAAAUCCUGGUGUGCGCCAUCCACCCCAUCCCGGGCAACUACACCUUCACCUGGAACGCCCGCCUGGCCUACUCCUACGUGCCGUCCCAGGCGGACGCCGACGUGGACAUCAUCCUGUCCAUCCCCAUGUUCCUGCGGCUGUACCUCAUCGCCCGCGUCAUGCUGCUGCACAGCAAGCUCUUCACCGACGCCUCGUCUCGCAGCAUCGGGGCGCUCAACAAGAUCAACUUCAACACGCGCUUCGUCAUGAAGACCCUCAUGACCAUCUGCCCCGGGACGGUGCUGCUGGUCUUCACCAUCUCGUUGUGGAUCAUCGCGGCGUGGACCGUGAGAGCUUGCGAGAGGUACCACGACCAACAGGAUACCAACAGCAACUUUCUCGGGGCCAUGUGGUUGAUCUCCAUCACCUUUCUUACAAUCGGAUACGGGGACAUGGUCCCAAAUACGUACUGCGGGAAAGGAGUCUGCCUCCUGACUGGCAUUAUGGGCGCGGGUUGCACCGCCUUGGUGGUGGCUGUGGUGGCCAAGAAGCUGGAGUUAACCAAAGCUGAAAAGCACGUUCACAAUUUCAUGAUGGACACCCAGCUCACCAAACGAGUGAAAAAUACAGCUGCGAAUGUUCUCAGGGAGACGUGGCUCAUCUACAAGAACACCAAACUGGUGAGGAAGAUGGACCAUGCCAGAGUCAGGAAGCACCAGAGGAAAUUUCUCCAAGCCAUACAUCAAGCUCGAAAAUUGAGAAGUGUUAAAAUGGAGCAACGCAAGCUGAAUGACCAAGCAAACUCGCUAGUGGACCUUGCCAAGACUCAGAACAUCAUGUAUGACAUGGUGUCGGACUUGAACGAGCGGGGAGAGGACAUGGAGAAGAGGAUCGCCUUGCUGGAGACCAAGCUCGAGACUCUGCUGAGCAACCUGCAGGCUCUGCCCGCGCUCAUCAGCCAGGUGAUCAGCCAGCAGCACAGGGACUUCCUGGAGGUGCAGCUGCAGCCUUACGACAAACACAGCCCCGAACGCUCGCAGUUGGCGGCGCGACGGCGCUCGGCCUCCACGGCGCUGCCCACCUCCUCCGAGAGCAGCUAGGGUCCCAAGGGAAGGCCUCCAUUCAAGACUUUUGCCAUCAUAUGGCCAAAUUGCAUUUAUCUUAAAGCCUUAUGGCUUCAAUAAGUAUUAUCCCAAUUCUGAUGACAGAAUCCAAUCGUAGUGGAUACAUGCAGUGUUU